UUGUUUGUUUGUUUUUUGUUUCCAGCGGCACGUUACAUCCGAAUUCAACAUACACCAGCAGGGCCAGCGAUUGUACUUUCAGUGUUUAAAAGUCAGCCGCAGGUUGGGGUUAGGCUCCACCCUUUUUUUUAAAAAGGAGUAAGGCAGGGCUAUAUGCAAACCGAGUUCCCAUAAUGCCUUUGUUUUCUUUGGAGUCGAAGGUGCUUACAAAUGGAAAACUUCCAACAGCUGACUUACUAUGGAUUGAUCCAGUGCUUGCGUUGGUGAAUCAAUCUCCCGAGGAAAAUUCCACAGAAAUUCCAGGAGCUUGGAGUAAACAAGACCCCGCCCAGCCCAGGAGGAAGCUGUAGUUCGAGCUUCAUUCCGGAACCCAGCGCCAUUUCCCGUACUCUGGGUGGGGCCGCCUCCUCCACCGCUUUGCCGUGAGACUGGGCUUGAGACCGCUGUGAGGGGAAUGGAGGCUUCUUCGCCUCUGGACCCCGUGGGGCGCCUUGUAGCCUUCUGCCGCGGAGGAGUGCAUCUGGCCGUCCUGCUGCUGUUCUUGUCGCCAUCUACUUUGGGCCAGUGCCCAGCCCCACCACUGUUUCCUUAUGCCAAACCUAUAAAUCCAACUGAUGAAUCCACGUUUCCCGUUGGAACAUCUUUGAAGUAUGAAUGUCGUCCAGGAUAUAUCAAGAGGCAGUUCUCUAUCACCUGCGAAGUAAACUCAGUGUGGACAAGUCCUCAAGACGUGUGUAUACGUAAACAAUGUGAAACUCCUUUAGAUCCUCAGAAUGGCAUAGUACAUGUAAACACAGACAUCCGGUUUGGAUCCUCUAUCACUUAUACCUGUAAUGAAGGAUACCGCCUCAUUGGUUCCUCCUCUGCUAUGUGCAUAAUCUCUGAUCAGAGCGUUGCCUGGGAUGCCGAGGCACCUAUUUGUGAAUCAAUUCCUUGUGAGAUACCCCCAAGCAUUCCCAAUGGAGAUUUCUUCAGUCCUAACAGAGAAGAUUUUCAUUAUGGAAUGGUAGUUACCUACCAGUGCAACACUGAUGCGAGAGGGAAGAAGCUCUUUAACCUGGUGGGUGAGCCCUCCAUACACUGUACCAGCAUCGAUGGUCAAGUUGGAGUCUGGAGUGGCCCUCCUCCUCAGUGCAUUGAACUCAACAAAUGUACUCCUCCCCAUGUUGAAAAUGCAGUCAUAGUGUCUAAAAACAAAAGCUUGUUUUCCUUAAGGGAUAUGGUGGAGUUUAGAUGUCAGGAUGGCUUUAUGAUGAAAGGAGACAGCAGUGUGUAUUGUCGAUCCCUAAACAGAUGGGAGCCUCAGUUACCAAGCUGCUUCAAGGUGAAAUCCUGUGGUGCUUUCCUGGGUGAGCUUCCUAAUGGGCAUGUAUUCGUUCCACAAAAUCUUCAACUCGGGGCCAAAGUGACCUUUGUUUGUAAUACAGGGUAUCAAUUAAAAGGCAAUUCUUCUAGUCAUUGUGUUCUUGAUGGAGUGGAAAGCAUUUGGAAUAGCAGCGUUCCUGUGUGUGAACAAGUGAUAUGUAAACUCCCUCAGGAUAUGAGUGGAUUCCAGAAAGGGUUGCAAAUGAAAAAAGAUUAUUACUAUGGAGAUAAUGUAGCCUUGGAAUGUGAGGAUGGGUAUACUCUAGAAGGCAGUUCUCAGAGCCAGUGCCAGUCCGAUGCCAGCUGGGAUCCUCCUCUGCCCAAAUGUGUCUCUCAAGUGAUAUGUAAACUCCCUCAGGAUAUGAGUGGAUUCCAGAAAGGGUUGCAAAUGAAAAAAGAUUAUUACUAUGGAGAUAAUGUAGCCUUGGAAUGUGAGGAUGGGUAUACUCUAGAAGGCAGUUCUCAGAGCCAGUGCCAGUCCGAUGCCAGCUGGGAUCCUCCUCUGCCCAAAUGUGUCUCUCGCUCAAACAGUGGUCUAAUAGCUGGAAUUUUCAUUGGGAUAAUCGUCCUUAUUUUAUUCAUCAUUUUUUCCUACUGGAUGAUUAUGAAGUUUAAAAAACGCAAUUCCACCAAUGAAAAGUGUAAAGAAGUGGGUAUCUAUUUAAAUUCUAAAGAAGACAGCUGUGUUCAGCCUCAGUCUCUGCUCACAAGUCAGGAGAACAACAGGUAUCUAUGCACACCCAGAAUUAAAAAUGUUUGCAUCAACUCAGAUUUAAACAUGGGCUGAAGAGAUGGCUCGGAGGUUAAGAACACUGGUUGUAAGAGCACUGGCUGCCCUUCCAUAGGUCCUGAGUUCAAUUCCUAGCAACCAUGUGGUGGCUCAUAACCAUCUAUAAUGAGAUCUGGUGCCUACUUUGUCUUUCCGACAUAUAUACAGGCAGAAUGCUAUAUACACAAUAAAUAAAUACAUCUUAAAAAACAAAACAAAACAACAACAAAAAUCCCACCCCCAAACAAAUUAAAAAACAGAAACAAUUCAAGCAGAAUACUCCACACAGAAGUUGGAAAAUAUUUCUCAAGCUGGAAGUUUUAGUUUGUUUCCUGGGCUAUUGCCAUCUUUAUGAUUACGUUUGGUAACUGUUAGUACUACGCUAAGGUAUACUAUGAGCCUUUGAGGGAUAGCAGGUUUUGCUUUGUCCUGUGAAAGCCAAGUAAGUACCUGCUCUCUAGGGGUACACGCACAUACUGAUGUGGGAUCGCUUAAGGGUCCUCAGUGGCUUUCUCUACUUCUUUCCCAAUUUCAGUACUCACUUGGCUUCCUGUGACUCUGACUCUCUCUGUCUCUGUGUGUCUGUGUCUGUGCCUGCCUGUGUGUCUCUCUCUGUCUCCCUCUCCCUCUCCCUUCCUCCCUCCCUCUCUCUUCUCUCUCCAUCUUUUAAGGCAGGGUAUCUCUGUGUAGCCCUGGCUAUCCUGCAACUUACUAUGGAGUCCAGGCUGGCCUUAGACUCAGAGAUCCACCUGCUUCUGUCUCCCAAGUGCAGUAAAGACCUGUUCCACUACUGCCUAGCUUCACUCUCUUUCUGUCUUCUGCAGCUAAAUCCACUCCUAACUCAUCAGUCAUCUCUUCUGUUCAUCCUCAACACAAAUCCUUAUAUGGCAACUAUUGGCCAAAGGUUUGGGGUUGAAAGGGAACUAAUACUACACUGAAUGCAUUAUUGUGAUUUAACUGAAUAUUGUGAAUCACUGAACUAUAAACCAAGUAACAACUCCAAGAAUCCAAUUCCAGUCUGGGCCAAAUGCAGCUGACCACUUGUGUUGCAUAAGCCAUUCUAAUUGCACACCCUCACCAGUCAUGUGGCCAGUGGCUACUUUCUUACCCCAGCAGCAAGGGAUUAGUGAAGCACACCCAGAAACAACAUGGCCCACCAAGCCCUAGAUACUUACAAAUUUGCCCUAUUUUUAAGUAAUUUUGAUUAGCAAAUAAGAUUACUCCAAUUUUGAUAGUUUCAUAUACCAAUAGCUUUGUACUGUAAUCUGACACAGCAUUGUUGUGUCGGAUUUGAUCACAAGUAAUGUUGACAAAUUCUACUUUAUAUCAAAGAGCUCUCCAUGACAACAAAACCCGGGUAGUUCCCUUAAGCCCUGAAUUUCUACCCUGUUUCCUUGCCUUAUUCAGUAGGUGUCCUGCCACUUACUCAGAACUGUUGCUUUACCUAUUUCAGACUCCCACAGCUUCACAGCUCUUUAUUUCUGUAUCACACAGAGCUAUUCAUUUGCUUACUGGCUUCCCAGAAAUCCUAACGUACCCAUCCAUAGGAUCUUGGGACAUUCUCAGAAAUAAUAGCACAGCCGGUACCGAUCUGUCAUUUUCAGUUAUAUAAGGAGUUUGAGUUAGCCUGGGUUACCUGAGAUCCUGUGUAAACAAACACACCCCUAACACAUUCACAAACUCUAGAAAUAAUCACAGCUCAUGCUCUGAAAAGGAAUGGGCCGCUCUCCUUCCUAACAAGCAGAGGCAAAAGCAUCACUUUGUUUAAUAAAAUGUCCCUCUUCUUUCUGAUAAUACUGUGCACUGCUUGAAACUUGGCAUUUCUGCCAAUACUUAAGUAUAAAAAUCCUUAAUUCAACAACGGACAGUAGAAAAAAGCCUCAGGGAAAAAAAAGGCAUUUUAUAGUCAAUAAAGAUGCAAAAAAAAAAAAAAAAAACCCUGAAGUUUGUUGUAUUAAAUAUUUAAUCUCAGUUGGGGGCUCCAAGAUAAAAGGCACACAGCCUUGAUGUUUAUAAUAAGCCUUUAAAGCACUAGAGCUGGGCAACAUCUACCUCUACACUAUUAGCUUCUACUUCCCUAUCCAUAACUCUGAGUUAUAAUUUGUCAUAUUCAAUCUGCACAGCUCUUAGCUCCAGCUGGCUGUGUGUUCAUGAUUCACCUACUCCAUGUUGUCCUCUCUCUCUGCCUUGUCUUCCCUUUCGUGACCCCCCCUCGGAUCCCAAGCUCAGGAACUAAAAACACUUCCCCUAGCCCCCUACCUUUCUUCUGCCCAGCUACGUGGGCUGUCGGCAUCUUUAUUCAACCAAGAGUUUUAAAUUUAGGAGCACUACUUUACAUGCAGAUCCUCUCCUUUCUGGGGGCAGCUAGGCCUUGGGGGCCAGCGUUUAGCGUUACAGGACACAGCAAAAGACCAAACCCCAACAGCAGUUAAUAUUUUCUUUUCUUCUGCACGGAAGUGGAUUCAAAAAGCUUUCUAUUAAUUAUCUAGUUUCCUAGUUACUUUUUUCCUUUUCUCUUGAAGCUUUUUUUUUUUUUAAAUACUGUAUAUAAAAGAACACGAAAGGCUCAGUAUUUUAAAUUCAGACAAAAUAACAUAGACCGCAGUGCUUUGGGGGAUUUUUUUUUUUUUUUAAGAUCUGCGUCCAAAGUUCUAAGGUGUAGAGUUUGUUUCCUUCACUAUUGGAAUUGUUGAUGGGAAAAUUGUGCAGAACAGGUUUCAACCUAACCAUGUGAUAAUAUUGUAGGGAGAGGACACCAGACGGGGAGCUAGGUUUGUUUUUACAGGAAAUUAUUUUUUUAAACAUUUCAUAAAAGUGCUUAAAUAUUUAUUUAGAUCCAUACAUGCAAGAUCACUCACCUGAAACACCUUUUCACUUUUCUUUUUGCUGAAGUACCAGUAGCCCAGCACGGAAUUCACUCACUCAAGAAGUCUAAUAGCCGCCAUGUACAGUGAUGUCUCUGAAACGCAAAACAUUUCCUGUCUGUAUCACUUUUAAAAUAAACUAUUUUCUUUUAAAA